ACUAAACAACGCUUCUCAGUUUCAGCCGAAGGGGACCCAAGUACAAGCUCUCAAACACCUACAAAUCUCAGCAGGCAUGGCGAAUUCUUGCUACGAAAACGCUUAUAUGUAAACAUAUAUUUAUAUACACACAUAUACACAUAGAUAGAGAGAGAGAGAUUUUACUAAAUCGGAGAGCCAUGAAAGCAAGUCCAACCCUAGUUUUUCUCUUAAUAAUCGGUACACUGUGUGUACUGCAAUCAGACUCGGCACCUCAAGCCUUUCGGAGAGAUCCGGGACACCCUCAGUGGCACCAUGGCGCUUUUCAAGACGUCAAAGAUAGCGUCCGAUCAGAUGUUCGUCAUAUGCUACAUUCUCGCGCCGAGGUUCCAUUCCAAGUCCCUCUUGAAGUUAAUAUAGUCCUCAUCGGUUUAAAUGGUGAUGGAGGCUACAGGUACACUAUGGAUUCACACAAGUUGGAAGAGUUUCUGAGAGUUGGCUUCCCAUCUCACAGGCCCUCAUGCCUGGAGACAGGAGAACCCCUUGAUAUUGAGCAUCACAUUGUCUACAAUGCUUUUCCUGCUGGGCAGGCAGAACUAAUUGCAAUCGAGAAGGCUCUGAAGGAAGGCAUGGUUCCUGCUGGUACUGCUAGAGAGGCUGAUUUUGGAAGGGAGGUGCCUUUGUUUGAGGUAGAUGCAACUGCUGUAGAGUCCGUUUUUGAGAGACUAUAUUCCUAUAUAUUUGACAUCGAGAAUGGGGGACUUUCUGCAGCAGAUAUGGACAAACCUGUUCCAAGUGCAAUAUUUAUUGUAAAUUUUGAUAAGGUCAGAAUGGAUCCCAGGAAUAAGGAGAUUGAUCUAGAUAGUUUAAUGUAUGGCAGACUUAUGGAGCUAACUGAGGAAGAGAUGAAAAGACAAGAGGGAGAUUACAUUUAUCGUUAUCGUUAUAAUGGAGGUGGAGCAUCUCAGGUUUGGCUGGGCUCUGGCAGGUUUGUGGUGAUCGACCUCUCAGCAGGACCUUGCACAUAUGGAAAGAUUGAAACUGAAGAAGGUAGUGUCAGUUCGAAAACACUUCCCCGGUUGCAAAAUGUGAUGUUUCCAAGAGGUUCAGGUGCAGCUAGCGGUCAUUCUGCCCACGAUAUUUUUAUUGGACAACUUGCUGCUCUGGUUGCAACCACAGUAGAGCAUGUUAUAGCUCCAGAUGUUAGGUUUGAAACUGUUGAUAUGACAACAAGGCUCCUUGUACCAAUCAUUGUCCUCCAAAAUCACAAUCGGUACAAUAUCAUGGAGAAAGGCCAUAAUUACAGUCUAGACAUCCAAGCUAUUGAAGAGCAGGUAAAGAAGAUGGUUCACCAUGAGCAGGAAGUAGUGAUUAUUGGGGGUUCACAUGCAUUGCAUCGUCAUGAGAAGUUGGCCAUUGCUGUUUCAAAAGCAAUGCGAGGCCAUUCACUUCAAGAAACAAAGAAGGAUGGACGUUUCCAUGUUCAUACUAAGACAUAUUUAGAUGGUGCUAUUUUGAAGGAGGAGAUGGAACGAUCUGCUGAUGUGCUUGCUGCAGGUUUACUUGAGGUGUCUGACCCAUCACUUUCUAGUAAAUUUUUCCUCCGCCAGAAUUGGAUGGAUGAAUCUGAUGGUUCAAGCGAUUCAAUUCUAAAGCAUAAACCUCUUUGGGCUACUUAUGGCCCUAAGCAUGGCAAAGGGAAGAAAAAGAGAAUAGAAAGGAAACAAGGAGAUAUAUACCGGACUUAUGGAACAAGAGUUAUUCCAGUAUUUGUGCUAUCAUUAGCCGAUGUGGAUGCACAUCUUAUGAUGGAAGAUGAAAGUCUUGUAUGGACGCGCAACGAUGUUGUGCUUGUACUUGAGCAUCAAAGUGAAAAGAUACCUUUGAGUUAUGUCUCAGAAAUUGAGAGAAGAUAUGCUUUUCCAUCACAAGCGCAGCGUCAUAUACUGGCUGGGCUGGCUUCUGUUGUGGGUGGGUUGAGUGCGCCAUAUGAGAAGGCUUCUCAUGUACAUGAAAGGCCUGUUGUAAAUUGGCUUUGGGCAACUGGUUGUCAUCCAUUUGGACCAUUCUCUAAUACUUCCCAAAUCAGUGAAAUGCUUCAAGAUGUUGCUUUGAGGAACACAAUAUAUGCACGUGUAGAUUCUGCCCUUCACCGAAUUCGGGAUACAUCAGAGACGGUCCAAGCUUUUGCUGGAGAAUAUCUGAAAACCCCUCUUGGUGAACCAGUCAAAGGCAAAAAGAACAAGUCAAGCACUGAGCUAUGGUUGGAGAAGUUCUAUAAAAAGACAACGAACUUACCAGAACCUUUCCCGCAUGAAUUAGUUGAACGGCUAGAGAAAUACUUGGAUAGCCUCGAGGAACAGCUUGUAGAUUUGUCUUCCCUGUUGUAUGACCAUCAGUUACAAGAUGCACAUUUGAACAGUUCAGAAAUUCUGCAGAGCACCAUCUUUACCCAACAGUACGUAGAACAUGUUCUGGCUAGCGAGAGGGAGAAAAUGAGAUGCUGCAAUAUUGAAUACAGAUUACCUGUGCAGUCUUCUCAAAAUUACAUAUAUGCAGGAAUUCUAGUGGCAGGAUUCUUUGUAUAUUUUGUUGUAAUUUUCUUUUCAUCUCCUGUGCGUUGAAUGAUAGUAUAUGGUAAUUAACACCCAGAAAAUUGGUUCAAAGGCAUAAUUGUUGUUAUGUUGAGCGAAUGCAGUUAUUGUCAUAUAUAAUUUUGAGAGAGGAAACUGAUUUCGUUUUCAUGAAAUGGUUGAUAGUGCAUGGGUGUUAACAAGCGAUGUUUAUUUCUUUUCUUCUGGAAUCUCAAAAUUUGGAGAUAAUUAUUUUAACUUUGUUCUUUAUGGUA